AUGAUAGAGUCCCGCGUGAGCAAUUUCCACGACACCUAUCGCUGGAUAUUCUAUCCUCCACCUCGUACCGAUAGCUUUCAGCAGCACGAAUUCCUUGAUUGGCUCCGGGACGGCACAGGUAUCUUUUGGGUCAGUGGGAAACCCGGGAGCGGAAAGUCGAGCCUCGUAGAUUAUAUCUACCAGAACCUUCAGCCAGGAGAAGAUGGUUUUAAUCAUCUCACAGCAUGGUCCCAGCCGAAGCAUGUCCGCUUGCUAAGUUUCUGGUUCUUCAGACCGGCCUCGGUGGCGCUGCUGAAAUCUCUGGAAGGCCUCUGGAGAUCCUUUUGCUUCCAGAUUCUGGACGCAGAAGAGGGUCUCGCUGAAACAAUCCGUAACGACGAGGACGGUCUGGCACCUAAAAGUCUCAGGUCCUGUCUGGGAAAGGCAGGGUCGAGUACUCCUGAUUGGACAGAUACCGAGCUAAAGUCCUGGUUCACAUAUUUGCUAACCCAUUCGCAAUACAACUACUGUAUUCUGAUUGAUGGCCUGGACGAAGUUGCCAGGAUGUCGGACCGUGAGGCUUUACUCGACGCGGUACAUCACAUCCGGUGCAUCGGUACGAAGGUAAAACUCUGCUGCUCCAGUCGACCAGAGCAGCCGUUCCGCAGGGCUCUCUGUCAAUAUCCCUCCCUGAGAUUGCAGGAUCUCAACUACGAAGACAUCCAGCUCCACUGUCACGAUCGGCUCAAGGGAACAAGAGCAGCCGACUACGCGGACACCAUCGCCCAACAGGCACAGGGCGUUUUCCUGUGGGCUUCUUUAGUUGCAACAGAUCUUUGGACUGGCGCAAACGAGGGCGACAGCGAGGACGACCUCCGGCAGCGCUUGAGGCAAUGUCCUGCGGAAAUGGACGAUCUUUUUACGCUUUUGCUCGAACGACAGGACAGGUUCUAUGCAAAAGACCCAAAGCCGUAUCUGCGUUUGAUCAAUACUGCGAUCAGCGACGGAUGUGAUAUCAACCUUCUAGAUUUGCUGUUGGCCUCAAGCGACCAGGAAAAACUGAUGUCCAAUUUCCCGAGCAACCUCCUUCCGUGUUGUCUCGCCAUUUCUAACCUUGCGACAGUCGACUUGAAGGCGAACGUGGUUGCCCGGUGUGCAUGCCUUGUUGAAUACUAUGACUCUACGGACGUUGUGGGCAAGUUCUCAGAGUCGUUCUCUUAUGAGUCACUGGUCAAAUCGUAUCGAACGGGAGUGCGUUUCAUACACCGAAGUGCACAGGAUUUCCUGCUCGAAAACGACCGUGGUGCCGAGCUCGUCAACGCUUGUCGCAUUUCUGAGCGAGAAGCACGGCAACGACUGUUGCUAGCAUGGCCUACCACUAUAUUACAACUUACGAUUGGAUGUGGAUGUAGGUUUCUGGUCAACACGCCCAUUGUGCGAGCACGUGCAGCUCGCACAAACGACCCUUCACUACAAUUCAUGGCGACUCGAAAGAGAAUUCAGGCAGAAGCUACUGAACCUCCGCCCCAAUUUUCCGAGUGAUAAAGGGACGAAACCGCGCGUUGAAGCUUGGGUUAUUUGCGUAGAUUUCAUGGAUCAACAAAUCCUCCCACAACCAGACGGAGCAAACACCUUGCCUGAAGAAUUUGUGCACCUGGAUAUUUUCGCUAUUUCUACGAUUCCACACGACCCCGAAAAUGUGCAAUUUUGCAAAUACUCUCCAGCAGGACUUGCUCGAUUUCUCGACAUCAAGCCCGGCGUCGAUAAGGAUCUGCAACGGCUCCUCUCUUCCUCUUCAACAGGCAGAGGGUUGCCGAUCUUAUUUUCUGACUCCUCAUCAGAGCAUACCGCUACCAUCCUAAACCACCAUCUGGACGACUUAGCCCCUUCCGAGGUCGCGUCGAUUCUUAGAUGGCACCGUCCCGCUGACUAUAGUGGUGAUUAUUGGGUUUUCCUCACGUUCUCCAAAGGCAAAUUUUUAGGCGGAGACCGAAUCGAGGCACGGGAAUGGCAACGCGAUAUGGAAAACGGAAGAUAUCACGAGCAUUUCGACACCAGUCCUGAGGAUGACCCUAUUUUGCGCGAAAUAAUAGCGACCAUGGCGAAGUGCAAGGAGGAGGACGAUGAGGAGCGCGAUAAGAGGCCUCAUACCGUGAUAGAGGCAACUCCCUGAAACCUCAGAAUAGUGACAACUCGACUCUCCACGAUAGCGACCGAGAACCAGUUCGACCGUACAAAGGCAUCAGCAAGCAGCGGAGAGCCUGGGAUUCUCGCCAGUUCAGCGUAAAUGCAGGAAGAAACCCACCAAAUCUGGCCAGUCCCUCCUGCCUGGGGAGAUAUCGAGUCGAGCUGGGCCCGCGUAUCCUGCAAUACUUCGGUAUCUCUCAACCUGAUGUCUCCAGUACAGGGCUUCACAGACUCACAGUCGACAGCGGCCCAA